AUGCUUCAGCUCAGGCAUUUGUUUCGACGCCAAACUCGCCCCUUCCGCCUUCAUACCGGCCAUCUCCAUACCGGCCCUCGUCAACAACAAGCCCCACUAACACCAAUUGUUCGACAUGUGAGAUUCAGACGGCCUUGGCUGAGGUCUUUCUUUUCUAAGUGCCUUCUUUAUGGUGCAGCCUACCAACUUUGGAGCUCUUUUGUUCUGGUCCGACUCGACGAUGAUACACACGACACAGAUGUCUCGCUAGAGCCCACGCCUGAAACAAGUGGCUUGCGUCAAGGUUCUCGCGAAAAUGAGGAAUUAAUGGAAGGGGAAGGAGAAAUUGAGGUGCCUCUGUUCGUUCCUUUGACUUGGUCAUGGUUAGAAGAAGGCGAGCUCUAUGCUGCUUCCGACCCCGAAUGGCAAGAGUUCGUUAAAAUCUCCAAGGAUCGAGCGAAACUUCAAAAAUUAAGAAAUGAGCUUGCUGCUAUUGUUUUGGAAAAUGCAUCGGGUCAAUUGUCCCAGGUUCUUGGUGGUCCGCUAUCUCUCACCGGGUUUUGGUUGGUUCAUCAGUUCCCUCACCGCGCUCCACCAGAAUAUAUGCGAUCUGGAAUUGAAUUUGCCGAUGAUAGUGUAGCUUGGGUGACGAGGACCAUCGAUCCCGAAAUCGGCGACAGAUUGCAGAUGUUUAUGAAGCCCGUCCAUUUGGCACUCGCCAUAAAAGAUGCAUAUCUGGUAUUAUUCAAGAGAAAACUGGCUCGCUUCCAAGGUCAAUCAUCUCAAUCCCCUGGGUUGCCAAACAGUAAUCGUGUUCUUUCCAGUGAAGAUGACCUGGGCUCCGUCGUCGACCAGCAUGGGCAGCCCACUCUACCACACAAAUCUGAGGAGUCGUCUACCAAUAGGCCACUGAACGGCAAUCUUCACCCAUCUCUUGUCAUAUCAUUACUACAGCGGUUUCCUUUGCCUGAUAUAGGUCCCGGGUCAGACCUACACUUGGCGGCCGUUGCCUUCCGACUGCGAUUAAACGAAUAUCAGUCUCAGUCCCAUCAGACUCCUCUCCGAGGUACAUUUUUUAUAUCUGGUCCUGUGGGCCUGAAGGGGCCGAAGGGGUUCUGCCGGCUUGAAGUACGCGGUGAAUAUGAUCCAGCUAAACCUGGAUGGCGUACAGUCCGAAUGACACUGCGUGAUAUAAACUUCAGGAAACAGCGGCCACUUAGGGAGUAG